CACAUAAAGCUCAGUUGUGCCUAGAAUUUGAAGUCAUGGUAUUACCAGUACAAAAUGCCUUCAGAUCCUUGUUUAAAGAAAAAUGGAGGAUUUUAUUCACUUAAGCCGAAAAAGCAAGUGGAUAAUUCUGCCUUCCUACUGUUUCAUGGAGAAUUUAAAAAGAUCUCCCCUGCCAAAAAAGCGUGUUUAUGUAAGUCAGCUACAAAAUACUGUUAAAAAAACAAGAAACCACAAACCAUUGAGCAAUUCCAUCAAAGAAGCUGCAAAACAAUGCUUACUCAUACUGUUUCAAAUUUUUGCAACUCUGUAGUGUUUCACUUUUAAAGGAACAUCUUUGAUUCCAAAGGAGAAAAUAAGAUAAUCCAAGAAGUCUUUCUCUCCAACUUCUCAAAGGCUUAUGGCUUCCUAAAAUAAGUGAAUCUUUAAGCAUUCCACAGCUGAUUAAGAGCAUCAAAUGCCUGUGAAACAGCAAAGAUGGGGGAUAACUUCUAGAAGAUACCACUGAAAUAAUGCUGGUUCAUCUGUGUUGAUGGCAGACAUAAGUGGUGCCUGUACCAAUACGCAAGUUACAGUGACUAGAAGGUGGCAGUGCAGCAGUGGAUAUGCAUUGGAAAAUCGAAGGAUAACAAAUCACAACUGAUAGCACCUGGCUUUUGAGUGUAGUGUUGCCCACCAUUUUCUAGAGGAUUGUGUAAGCAUUCAGGAGUUGCCUUUGAAAGUAGCACUACCGAUCUCUUGGACAUACAUAAAAUUCCUGGUGGAAGCCAACCACUGCCUGCCAUAUCUGGCACCUUCCAACAGUUCAGAAUGAGCUGGUUCAUUGCUCAUUGCACACACAUCCUGCAGCAGUGAAAUAUUUGGGUUGCCCUUUACAUGUAUGCUUGCCAUUUACGCUGAUAAAAAGAGCAAGUUACGUAAAAGCAAGUCUCAGUCCUCUUGAAUACGGAGGACUUCACCAAGAAACCAUGAAAAGUUCUGCUAUAUUACAAUAACAGUUUUGUCCCGACCUUCUGGAUGACAGGAGGCAAGUGUUGGUGUACUGAGACAAAGUUAGUGAUGAAUGCCCAGAAUAAUUAGUAUUCCUCUAUGUACACUGGACAGCACUAUAUCUUUUGGGAGCAGGUGCUUCCUUCAAAACCUUGUCUUGAUUUUGAUGCAUUUUUCCUCUUACAUACAUGUACAUGGGGCAAUGUAUGUGAGAGAAAUCCUCAGGUAUUGGUAUUUCAUGCAGAAAACUCACAAACAAUCAUGGAUAAUAAAAUUUAUAGUGACUUUUGUGAUAGAUGUAAACUGAUCUCAUUUAAACAACCCUCAGUUCAUAAUGAGUAGCUAAAGAAGAAAAAGCAUGCAUACCUUGUCUACAGCUUUAAAACUUUACAUUUAGGAUAAGGAUAUCACUUCAAGUUAUGGGCUGCAGAUUCUAGGAGUAAAUCUGUAGCAGGUGGGUAGAAUUGCAGUAUUUCCCAGGGUAAAUAAGGGUUUGGGGUUUUUUUGUCUAAUUAAAAAGAAGAACAUGUUUUACUCAGAGACACUUGGAUGGUGGUAAAGAUUACUAGUGUUCCAUCUUGGAAAGUUAUUGUUACAAAGUGAUCUCAGUAUCUCUUCUGCAAGAAGGAGUGACAUUCUGUACUAUCAGACUCCUUUUUCAGCAUUAGCUUACAGUCUUGAGUGCUGCUGUUCAGGCUGAACUGGAUCAUCCUACCUGAAGUGUAAUGCCAAAAUGGCAGCUACUGUAAGAUCAUUGCCUGCCUAAAAUCCUAAUUAAUGAGAAUGUACCCUGAUCUACAGUAUUAGCUCAUGCACAGAGUCAAACUUCAUCAUUGAAAGCUACCAGCUGAAAUGUAUUGGUAGAUUCUGCAGCAGACAAAUACUCCAGUGCUGUUUUUUUGUGGUUGAGUAUUUUCCCUCAGCGGGAGAAAAAGUGAAUUACUUAAACAUGUGUGACUUCUAGAAGAACCAUUCAAAAAUGGUUUCUGAAUAUGACUGCUGUUCUUACCUUGUUCCUGUUGCUGUGCUGUUCUAAUGUGUAUGCUCCUAGAAUCACUUGGUAGUUAGGUAUAGGAAAGUUUCCCCCUUAUAAAGCAACACAGUACUAUUUAGUCAUCACUGAUAUAAAUCAGGCUGUAAAUAAGUAUUUAUAACUGUCUUGGUUUGAAAGAGAGGUAUCUGCUAGGAAGGGGGCAGGACCUCCCUAGAGAUGGAGAAUUUGAAUCCCCUCCCUCCAAAUUAUUCUAAUUUGGAAAAUUAAAGGGGCUUUCAGACAGAGGUCUGGGGAUAGGAAUAACAGUUCUUUACUAGUAUAUAUGACAAAACAACAAACAAACAACUACAGCAUUAGUAAUAAACAGAACCAAGAACCUUGAGGGCUUUCUUUCACAAAAGGCCUGGGGCAGUUCGAUCUCAGUGCCCCUGCAGGACUCUGAGAGGCCAAGCUGGAAGGGAGGAAAGUCCCAGGCUGGUGGAUGAGAUGAGGAGCUCUGCACUGGUAGCUGGAGCGGCAGGGGUGUCCCAGCAGGGCUGCACAGUGCAGGGCUACAGAGUAGCAGGAAAGCCUCAAAGCUCCAAAGAAGCAGCGGUGGUGGGGGGGAAGGCUGGAGAAAACGAGCUCAGGAUUCCUGGGUACACAAGCAGAUGACAUUUUCCCAGGACGAGGCAGAGGCAGAGUGAUGGCCGUGAACUCUUCCUGCAGCGAGGGGCAGCUUGACUGUCUUCCUCAAUGCUGAGAGCAAGUGAGCCCCCCUCCCCCAGCUCUCUUUUUACCUUUCCCAAAGCUUGCGUUAUCUCUCCCCUCUGAGUGACACUCCCAGAGACUCAAAAACAAUAGGUGUAGCCUCGUGCUGCCAUGUCCUUCAACUACUCCUCUUUGUUCUAAGUACUGUCAUUAAGGUUUCUUAGAAACUUAUGGGAAAAAAUUCUGUAAGUGAAAAAGAGGCAAAUCUAACCCCCAACAUAGGGGAUAGGGUGCCAGCUGCCACAAGAAGGAAGUCUCUAAGUGAGACAUUUUUGGUGUAAUAACUAUUCAUGUAAAAUACUUGCGUUUUCAAUAAUUUUGCAAAGAUGUAGUUAACAAUCUGCUUUCCCUGUCUUCUACUGAGUGCUAGAAACUAUUUUAACAACAGUUUUUUACCUUAGAGUAACUUCUUUUAUUUCCUAAGAUUUAGUUUCUGUAGCAAGCAGAAAAAAACCAAGAAAAAAAAAGGUAGUUUCACUAGUUUCACACUUGAGAUGCAGCAGGAAGAUGUAAUCGUGGAUGUGGGUUCCAGUACUCUGUUGUACAGAACAGCGCUGGCGGCAGAACUCUGCCAUGAAUCCAGAAGAACAGAUUGUAACUUGGCUUAUUUCACUAGGAGUCUUAAAUUCCCCUAAGAAAAUAGGAGAUGAUUCACAGGGGUUCCUGAAAACUUCUCUGAAAGAUGGAACUGUGCUUUGCAAACUCAUUAAUCUGCUUCUUCCGGGAUCUGAAGAAAAGUAUUGCCUGGAGCCUGAAAAUGAAGCUGAUUGCAUCAGUAAUAUUCAAGAGUUCUUGAAAGGCUGCACACUUCUGAAAGUGGAAGUGUUUGAUCCACAUGAUUUGUACACUGGAGAUCAGUUCUCCAAGGUCCUGAGCACAUUAACAGCUGUAAAUAAAGCUACUGCAGAUCAGCUGUCAAAAAGGCCAUGUUCACAUCUGUCCUCUCUUAACUCUGUGGCUGGAGACCCCCAGAGUGACUCCAAUGGCACAGCUUCCCAGUCAGCAAGGGUGUCACAGAGGCAGUCCAAGCCUGUGGAGAUGACUGAGAAUGGCAGUCAUCAGCUGGUGGUAAAGGCCAGGUUCAAUUUUAAGCAGACCAAUGAGGAUGAACUCUCUGUUAACAAAGGAGACAUUAUUUAUGUCACCCGAGUUGAAGAAGGAGGCUGGUGGGAAGGCACCUUGAAUGGAAAAACAGGCUGGUUCCCAAGCAACUAUGUCAGAGAAAUCAAAUCCACCGAUAAACCACUCUCUCCCAAAGCAUUAAAAGGGCUAGAAAACACUCAGCUGACAAAGAAUUAUUACCCUGUGGUGUUGCAAAAUAUUCUGGAAACAGAACGAGAUUAUGCGAAGGAACUACAGUCACUUCUGGGAACUUACUUAAGACCCCUCCAGUCUUAUGAUAAGCUCAGUGCCGGGGACAUCAUGGCAUUGCUGGGAAACAUGGAAGAAAUCUCUGCUUUUCAGCAAACACUGAACCAAGCCUUGGAAGAAGUUGCAAAGCUCCCUGAGAACCAGCAGCAUGUGGGAGGCUGUUUCAUGAACCUGAUGCCCCAGUUCCGCUCCCUAUACCUGACGUACUGUGCUAACCACCCUUCAGCAGUGAAUGUCCUCACACAGCACAGCGAUGAGCUGGAGAAGUUCAUGGAGAACCAGGGUGCAGCCAGCCCAGGCAUUCUCAUCCUGACCACAAGCCUCAGCAAACCCUUCCUGAGGCUGGAUAAAUAUGUGACCCUGCUGCAGGAGCUGGAGCGGCACAUGGAGGAGGCGCAUGCAGAUCAUGAAGAUGUUUUGAAAGCCUCCACAUCCUUCAGAUCCCUUGUGUCACAAUGCCAGGAGCUGAAGAAGAGGAAACAACUUGAGCUGCAAAUCCUUUCUGAAUCCAUCCAGCACUGGGAAGGAGAGGACAUAAAAAUGAUGGGAAACAUCAUCUACAUGUCCCAGGUUAUGGUGCAGUCUGAGGGAAGUGAGGAGAAAGAGGAGCGGUAUUUCUUGUUAUUUUCCAAUGUUUUGCUGAUGCUGUCUGCCAGCCCACAGAUGAGUGGGUUCAUCUAUCAGGGAAAGCUGCCUUUGACAGGAAUUACACUGAUGAAGCUGGAAGAUGCCCAAGGGAAUGAGCACGUGUUUGAAAUCACAGGGAACAUGAUGGAGCGGAUUACUGUGUCCUGCAGCACCAGCCAGGAAUUGCACGAAUGGCUUGACCACUUGCAAAGGCUGACCAAAGGGACAUGCAGCACCAUCUCCAAAACACAGUCCUGGAGCCCUCAUUCGACAUUUAUUUCAGCUGGGAAGAUCUGUGGGCCUCUGGAACCUCCCAAAAUCCUCAAGCCCUGGAGCUUGAGCUGCCUCCGUCCUGCUCCUCCACUCAGACCAUCAGCAGCACUGAGUUGCAAAGAGAGGAUGUCUUAUAUUUUAAAGGAUUCCAGCAAAAGUCCAAAAACAAUGAAGAAAUUUCUUCCAAAAAGGAAAACUGAGAGAAAACCAUCUGAUGAAGAGUUUGUUAUCCGGAAAAGUACUGCUGCACUGGAGGAGGAUGCUCAGAUCCUGAAGGUGAUUGAGGCAUACUGUACUGGGGCAGGCUUCCAGCAAGCUCUCAGCUCAGGCUCCCGUAAAGACUCCAUCUCCCAAGUCCUUCUUCCUGAGGAAGAGAAAAUCAUCAUAGAGGAAACACGAAGCAAUGGCCAGACAGUCACGGAGGAAAAAAGCCUUGUUGACACAGUUUAUGCACUGAAAGAUGAAGUCAAAGAGCUGAAGCAGGAAAAUAAAAGGAUGAAACAGUGUUUGGAAGAGCUUAAAUCCAGGAAGGACUUUGAGAAGCUGGUGAGAAGGCUGCUGAAGCAAACAGAUGAGUGUGGCAGAGAGGAUAUGGGGCACAAGUCAUCUCUGAUCUCCUGAAUUCAUGGAGAAGCUGCUGGCAGUGGUGUGUGACCUCAGGUGUAUUUUUGGAAAGUGUAACUAGAUCCUUUGCCUCUUCUUGCUCCUUAUUUUGUUGGUUUGGGGUAUUUUGUUACCAAAAAAAAAAAAAAAAGUCAUAGAGAAAAAAAUAGUUUUCCUUCCAUUCAGUAAGGAGAUAAAGCAGAAACAAUCAAUCACAACUGAACCAGUAAGCAAGCGGUCCAUGAUUCACAAUUCAUCUGCAGCAACUAAUACCUCAUUGUACCUGCUACUGGGAGCAAAGACAAACUCUGCUACUGAUUGUUGCUCACAAAGGCUUGGGAAGCAGUUUCCUAGAAGAAGCUUAAGCACUUUGUAAUGCUUUCAUUCUUUCCAAAAGCACCAGUACCUAUUUAUUGAAUGAAAACAUUACUGAGGUGGCAUUGAGCAGAAACUAAAAAAGCACCAUGCCCUUCUUUUCAGAUAAUCACAACUGGGGAAGCUUUUCCCAUCCAUCUUCUUUUUCCCCAUUAGUUGACUGUAGCAAACUAGAACCCAGCAAUACUGUGGUUCCUGUGUGGCCUUGAUACUGAUUAAAAUGUGCAAUUAACAUGAAGAUGCUUGAACUCCUUGGGGAAGCCAGAUCUGGAGCACCUGUCAGAGCACAUAGGAAGGUAUUUUGCACAGUGCUGCCUCCUUAUAGCUCGUGAUUAGCACAACAGGUAACUGCUGUUCUGCCCGCUGUCCCUUUUCUUAUGCGUGAUGUAGAAUUCCUACCCCCUGCUUUGUUUUCACGUUGAGUGUCCAGGUAUCCUAGGAGAUUAUAAUUUUGCUGUGCUUCCUCUUGAAGGACAUGCUUUUCUCCAUAUGAAAUGUAAACACCGCUUGACAACAAAAAACAACCCCAAAUGUGCUGGUACCCUGCUCCCUUCUGCCCACUUUAUGCUCUCCAUCGCUCCUUCCCAAAGGUUGGGAAUGUAGCCAGUGGCCACUUCUCCCCACACCACCCCACAGGGACUUUCUGCUAGGGAAAAGGAACUUUCUCUUGAGAUAGGGAGGGUAUUUAUGCUUUGACAAGAGCUGGAAUGCUCCUGGAGCAAGGAUGUGCAACACCCUCAGAUCCUUGCACAGCUCAAACACAGCACACAGGCAACAUGCAUACGUAUCAGCUCUUAUCUUAUUUGGUGUUAUACCCUAGUUUAGAACUGAUGUUUUCCUUCCUUCCUUCCUUCCUUCACAGCAUUAUAAAGAACCUUCUGUUAAUAUCUUAUUUAUCUCACAGGGCAGCAUGGUCCCAAGGGUGUGCAGAGGCACUACAGCUCAUUACAGUCACACCAUUAUGUUGGUUGUGAAGGACGUAACAGAGGCAAUAAUUACAACUCCCUCCUUGCCAUUAAGAUUUAGCCAGGACAUUGCAAAUGGUGUUUUGGGAGAUGGAAACUACUAAACAUCUCAAGGAGUGUAAUAAGAAACUCUCUUCAAGAUAUUUCUAGGGCAAAAGAGAGGUCUGGCUACAUUUGCCAUCCCCAGAGCAUCCCAGACAGAUGGCAGCUCCCCACAUCCCUCCCUGGGCACACAGUUGAGUGGUUUGGUCAGCAGUCAAGCCCUGCUGUGCUUGUGAAUUGUUUUCCAGGAGCAGGAGUUUUGCUGCAUUUACUGCUGCUCGGGGAGGCCAUGCCCAGACACCUCGGUACUGCCUGGCCCUGCUGCCUGCCUCAAGCUGGGCUGGGGACUAGGCUGCUGAUGUGCAGAACAAACCAAGGGCCACUGGCACUCCAGGGAGAGGGUGGAAAUGUGUCCUCGCUGCCCCCAGGCUCAGUUGAAACCUGUUCUCUGUACAUAUGCAUGCUUGUGAGAUGUAAUGUGAUGGAGGGCACACUGGGACUUUUUGGAUCAAGCGUUUGUCAAGAGCUAGAAGCCAAUAAAAGACAAGAAAAUAAAAUAAAAAGGAAAAGAAGCCAUGCCAGAUGGACAGCAAUGUUUCCACGGACAGCAAUGUUUCCAUAUUUACUUUGUUUACAGUGCUUUGUAAAUGGGUUCCAGUGAGUCUGCCUUUAGAUGGAUGUUGUGUCAGCUGCCUUCCAGUGUAUCUUUGUCAUGUAGGUUUAUUUAUUGUAAACUACUUAUGCAAGUUCAACUUUUCUAACAUGUUUUUAUUUUGAACAGGUUUUUAAUUGACAUUUUCAACAAAUAAAGAAGGAUAAAAGUCG